UUUCGAAUUAAUUUAAAAAGGGGAUACAGUGAGUACAAUGGAAAUCGAAUUUGAGAAUCUGGCGGAAUUCAGGAAUCUUAGCUGCAACCAUCAGUACGUUCCUUCGGCCACUGAACAUAUAGAAAGUUUAGGAGCCUUCGGUAAAGGAAUAGUAAGUUUCGGAGCACUGCUCUCAACUCUGACCCUCUACUUCGCCGUAGACGCAUGUCACAAUAUAAUUCAACAAAAGGAAGCAAGAUUCUACAAAACCAAUGCCAUCGUGAUCCUACUCGUAUAUCCAGUCGCCAGCGUCUGCAGUCUAACAGCCAUUGCGAUACCUAGGACGCAGUUGCUAUCGGAAGCCCUGACUCAAAUCUUCCUGACGACAGCCCUGUACCGGCUUUAUCUGCUGCUCGUCUACGUCGGCUUCAAAAGGGUCACGACUCCACCGGCCAUGACGCUGAAAGUCGGCCCUUGUUGCUGCUGGCCCUGUCUGCCCUUUCCAAAUCUUCAAAUGACUGACGCCAAUUUGUCCUGGCUGCGGUUGGUAGUUCUACAACUUCCUAUUAUCCAGGGACUGAUCUACUGCAUAUUCCUCUUCAUAGCAAUGGAGGAGCCAAAUCUGAUGACCCAGUACGGCAUCUGUUUCCAGCCACUUUGUGUAGCUAGCAUAUUUCUCGGAAUAUAUGGACUGACCAUCGCCAUGAAGAGUCUUCAAGAAGUCGCUCCAGAGGCGAAACUGCAUAGAAACACCAUGGUCUCCCAGAUGGUGCUGCUGUUUUCGAAGCUGCAGUCGUUCAUUGUCAAGAGUCUGCCUCAGACGGGACUCUUUCCGUGCAAUCCACCGAUUACACCGGAAAUCUAUGCCAGCGUUACCCAAAACGCGCUGAUGUUAAUCGAGAUGCUGUUGCUCUGCUACGCGGCGAGGUACGUUUAUUACGUGGACGUGGACAAGGAGAAAGAGCCGACGGUCGAGGCUACAGAUCGGUCGAAAGACAAGCCGGAGCAAGUGAACUCGUCGAAUAACAACGAAGCUAACAAACAAACUUCAACGUUCACCGCGUGAGAUCUCAACUUCCUCGGUUAGACUACGAUCUCUUUGUUAAUUCGCGGAUACUCGUUAGAUAUUAAGCUUUUGAUGAUACGUUAGAUAUUAAGUAAGUGUUAGAAUGAAUGAAAUGAGUGAGGGUUCAAGACUUUUUUACUGAAGCACAUUGGUGCUGUCCUUUGAGGAUCUGUUAAACGAAAACUGUUAAAUAAAGCGUGUGUACGUUUUGUGUACAAUUUUGUAAUUUAUCAGCUUCUCAGAAAGUUGCAGUUGCAGUUUGUUAAAAAGUUUCUCAGUAGAAGUUGAGGAAAAUUAAAUCAAAGAGAGAAAAGUAAUCAAAAUUUGAUGGCGAAGAACGUUUA